AUGGCGCGGCGACGUCUGCAUACGGGAGCUACGGAAGCUCGGCGGCUACGUCUCGAGUUGGGCAGCAGCCACCGGUAG